GCCUGUUCUUCACUCACACUCUCGCUCAGCAGAGAUUCAGAGGUGGAGAGCAAAGAUUCUCACUGGGAAAAACCGGGGGGGAAGGGAUUUUCUUCCUCUCUCACCAAGAAAGAGACACAAACAAGAAAAGACUGAAAGAUGGAGAGGAUGCAGGGAGAGGGAGAGGUGGACCACCUGGAGCGACCAAGUCCUCUGACUGACAAGGAGAGGGUGAUGAUCCAGGACUCCUGGGCAAAAGUCUACGAGAACUGUGAUGACGCUGGGGUGGCUAUACUAGUCAGGCUGUUUGUGAACUUCCCCUCAUCCAAGCAGUACUUCAGAGACUUCAAGCAUAUCGAGGAGCCAGAGGAGCUGGAAAGGAGUGCCCAGCUUCGGAAGCAUGCUCACAGAGUCAUGAAUGCCAUCAAUACACUGGUUGAGAGCCUUGACAACUCAGAGAAGGUGGCCUCAGUGCUGAAAGUGGUGGGCAAGGCCCACGCACUCCGACACAAGGUGGAGCCUGUGUACUUUAAGAUCCUUAGUGGUGUGAUACUGGAAGUCCUAGGAGAAGCGUUUUCAGAAGUUGUGACAGUGGAGGUGGCCGCAGCGUGGACCAAACUCUUGGCUACGGUCUACUGCAGAAUCACAGCCGUCUAUGAGGAAGUGGGCUGGACUACGCUCUCAACCUCAACUGGAUGAAGUUUUUAGUCUGGGAUUACUGGACCAUGAGCACCCAGAGAGGGAUGAAUUGUACUGUACUGACAUUUGAAGGGAAGUAAUGUAUCUUUACAGAAGUUAUCUGACAAAUCUGGGGAAUACAGUUUAUUGUAAUCUAAGAUAAUUGUAGGCUAUGGAACAUACAGUCAAUAAGAAUACAAUAAGAACUGUGCCCUUUUGAUUGCUAAUUGUGUGUGUUUGUGUGUGUGUGUGUGUGUGUGUGUGUGUGUGUGUGUGUGAGAGAGAGAGAGAGAGAGAGAGAGAGAGAGAGAGAGAGAGAGGAAGAGAAAAAAUGAAAGCGCUCCUCCUUGUUGUUUUAUACUCUCGUAAAGGACCAAACCAUUUAAAGGAGAGAGCAAAGAGGAAGAAAAUGCCACCACGAAUCCAAAAGUGGACAAGAGGUCACAUUUGACUUGGAUGUGCCUUCUACUGAAUGUGUAUAUCUAAAAACUGCCAUGUAAAUACCAUUCUUUCUAAAUAUCGUGACGUUUCUCCUUUUAUCAGUCUGUAUCCACUUGUGUUCCCUUUAUGAGAUAUUAAGAAGAUUUUUUUUAAACAUUUUUAACAGUUAAUUGUAAUGAUUUUACAUUUUUUCAUUAUGACUCACCUUUGUAUCUGUAUUUAGCAAAGUUUGAAAUAAAAAAUACAAAGAAAA